AUGCAUCCUGGGGGGGCGUAGGUUUGACCGGCUACUCUGAGGCUCAGACACAAUGAACCGUCAGACUGAGAGGUGCACGCAUGUUGGUCCGGAGGUAUUAACACGGUUUUAGUACAUUAUUAUAGAUUUUUGUGCCUUUUCUUUGACUUACUUAGUAAUUCUCAAACUACUGACACGCUGUAUGGCGGUUUCAAGGCUCAACUGGGAACGGUUAGUUCGACGAGUUUGAUGAAAACGAGGUCGGGAUCAGACUACCGUUAGCCCCUCCUGGCGGAUUUUUUUUCGUUAUUUUUUUUCUAGCUAAAGCCAACAAAGCAAAGCAGAUAACGAUGUCGUUGACUGCUUCGUCUGAUUAUUUCGCUGCCGAGUGUCUGGUAUCGAUAUCUAGCGGUCCUGUCCUGCAUAGACCCACCCCGGUCGUCCCCGCCAGCCAGCCGGCCAUGGUGGGCCUGCUCCCUGGGGAGCCCGACGGGUCGAGAGAGGAUAGGGAAGUGCGGGAGACUCUGGGGCUGGAGGGGGCGAACAUGUUGGCGGUGGCCGGUAUCCUCACCGACCUGCACGGUAAGUUCCGCCCCAUGUCGGCCUACUCGGAGAACAGUAACUCAUCAUGUGGAGAGAGCGGUUACACCACGUUGUCCGACCCAACCACUCCUACCAUGACCCCCUCCGCCACCCCGAUCCCCGGACAGCAGCAGCAGCUGAGGGGGGGAGGAGGAGGCGUGGGGGCCCCGCGGUCCCCGGUGAAGCGACAUCAGUGCACUUUUGACGGAUGCGACAGAGUUUACGGGAAAUCGUCCCACCUGAAGGCACACAUCCGGACACACACAGGUGAGAGGCCAUUCCCAUGCACCUGGCCUGACUGCGAGAAGAAGUUCGCCCGCUCCGAUGAGCUUGCACGCCACACCCGCACCCACACAGGAGAAAAACGCUUCCUGUGCCCACUGUGCGACAAGCGCUUCAUGCGCAGCGACCACCUGAUCAAGCACGCCCGCCGUCAUCCUGACUUCCAGCCCGCCAUGUUGGGACGCAACAAGGGCGCAUCCUCUGCUUCCAGCCCAGCUGUGCACCAUUAGGAUGGUUUGGGAUGGGGGUUUCCUGUGUACUGGGGUCAGCAGAGCACAGAAGAUGUCGGUGGUUUCAAGUUAACCAGCUACAAUCAGAUCCACUGAUUAGGAUUGAGCAUUGUUGUGUUGUACUGUAAAAUGUGCACAUACACAAGCGAACACACACAGAGCUGGAUGUGAGGGGGAAGUAGCCUCAUCUCUCCAUCCACACAGAUGAGUCAUGUGACCACUAUCCACCUGCUCAACAUAACUAGGGUUGGGUAUUGAGAAUGUUUCAAAUCUAUAAGAACUGAGGAUUUGUUAACAAAUGUGCUUUUCGAUUCCACUUAUCGUUUCCUGAAAGCAGAGUCUGAACUAACUGCACUUCCAUUUACAUUGCAGGUUACACGUGUAUCAAAGCACGUGUAUGAUGUUUACAAUGUGGCAGACUGGAGCUAGGUUUCAAAAGUGAAACUACGCUUCACAAAAGACUAAUAAUACAAUGAAAUGUGAUCACUGUAUGAAAAUAAAUAUGUGAGGGAGGAAAGUCAUUUUAAUAUGAUGACAUGAUGUAAGAAUGCAGAGCAUUUUAAUAUCCUGUGUGAUAACAUACUGAAAUUCAAUGGUGAAACGUUUUAUAGAUCAAAUAACCAGAUGGGAAUGUCAGUUUUUGGUUUGUCCUCUGAAUUAAAUGCUGGACAAAUCAAGGUGCCUAUCAGACUGAUGCAAAAAUUCUGAAAAGCCAUUUAUUAAUGCUUCAGAAAGUAAAAACUACUUUAAAAUCAAUUCAAGUUUGCAUGGCAAACAGAGAAUAUAUAUUUGUCUUUCUUUUAACCAAAAACAAACAAAAAAAAGUUUAUCAGUCAAAACCUUGUAAAAAAUAAAUGUGGUUUUUGCUUUCCACAUAUUCUGGUUUUUCUUUCUUAAUCAGGGUUCGAUAAGAAUCGGAAUCAUGAAGCAGAUUUUAUUCGGUAAAAUAAACCCAACCCUAAACAUAACCUCAUUUUCUCAAACUGAAACACUUUCACAAAUUGCAGGGAUUUUUCACGUUUUCUGUACAAAUCUGCACAUUCAUCAUCGGCCAAAACUCCUCUGUUUUCUUGUGGUUAAUUUGCUGAUUAUUGUUGUACUCUUCAGUACCAUUUAUUUACCAUGAGUAGCACAAUAUUGUGAUGUUAGGUAGCGAAGCAGUGACUAGAAGCUUUUUAGCUUUUUUUGUUUGUUUGUUUUUAGCUUUGCAAGUCCAUAUUCAAAGUUUUAGUGAUGACACAUUCCUUGAUUUUUUUUUUUUUUUUUUUUUGCAUUAGUAAACAACAUUGAGGUGAUAUUUGUCAAUAUAUCGAAUUUAACAAUAGAUCAAAUAUUAAUUUUGCCAGAAAGUGGAUCAAACUUCACUGUAGAAGAGCUGUUUGCACGCCAUCCUUGAGGCUUGAUCAGUAAUCAUUCAUGAAAUGCUGACACAUAAUACACAGUAGUAUUAUGUCUAAUACUGAUGCAAAUGUAUAUAAGCUUUUAAUGUAGAAACAUGGUAAAGCUACUAGCAGCAGAAUUAAUACGUGAUGAAUUGUAGUCCUUAUAUUAGGGGUAACAGUAUACGCUUGAUAGGAUGGUAUUGCCUGUGAGUGUCAGUGUGUAUGUUUAUUUAUUUUUUUUUUUAUUUACAUUUUUGUUAGCGACAGAACUGGGAAAAGUGUAUGUGAUAAUAUCAAAAUAUUUAGGGAGAAAAAGAUGACAUGAGUUGAGCUUGAUAUUCAGCUCGCUGCCUUCAAAGUAAAAGCAUUCACCCCACUCAUCAGGGGUGUGGAGCCAGAUGGCUGAACAUAUUUUUCAGGAUCAGGUGUGCAAGAUGUUUCUUUACACGGUUUGAGUUUCAACAGCCGGCAAACUGCGGUCUUAACUCAAAAUUUGUAUAAAAUAUAUCAAAGUAAUUUAAACAUGGUCAGUCUGUCCCCAUUUAGGAGAGCUAAUACCAGUAGACCUUUAUUGUGGAGGACGUUAUAACUUGUCAAAGCAGCAGAAGCACAGGUGUAACUAACGAUAACGAUGGCUCUGUUCUCUGCAGGUGUGCCAUUGAACCAGCAUGCACAGUACUUGUAGGCAGACACUUCUAAAUGGGAUGCAGCCAUUAAUGAUGUUAUUACAUUUGUGUUUGAUAAAUUAAAAUUGCCGCUGUUAUAAAGGUUUGGUACUAUGCUGGAAAAAACAAACACAAAUGAGGAUUUAUUAAAAAACUUUAGUACAUUUGAGCAAGCUGGAACCUCAAUAUUCCAAUCUUGCCAAAACAAACCUCAUGUAUUUUAGGAAUUAUUACAGAAAAAUUAUUUUCACGUUUAACAGAAUCAAGCAAACCUCAUGUAAAGUAGAUAUUUAAAAUCUAUUGGCGUACAUGCAGUGUCCAGGUCUGAUUCUAGAGAGGUUGAAUCUUUUCUUUUUUUAAUGUUUCCACACUGUUUGUCCAACUCAUGUACAUAUUCCUUUAUCUCAGUGAACAACAAUACUUCAGGAAACUCUGAAAGCCUUAAACUAUGUCAUAACUACUUUGCACCAUGUUUACAGUUGAAUCAUUGUAUAGGUAUAUAUGUCCUCCUCUGGGCUCAUUACAAAUACUCAUUAUGCAAUAUGGCACUUUUUUCUUACAGGUGUAUUUGGCUGAAUAGUGUAAUGGCUUGCACUGUUACUAUGCUUCUACAAGCAAGCACUGUGGAACUUUGCUAAUGUGUUAAUAACCAAUGGUUUGUAAAACUGCCUUUUUGUCCAAGUGCUUUAGAAAGCGUGAUAAAAGAACUGGGUAGUUGUUGUUUUUACUUUUGUUUAUUUUAGUGUUUGCUUAGUCACCCAGGCCAUCUCAUGUUGUGGAAUUUGUUUAAUUUGAAUUUUGAAAUGAAUUUGAUUUAAUUUUCUAGAUGGGACAUACGUCAUUCGUUGCUCCCAGGUCUGUCGACUUUGUUUCCUCCACACUAAGAUCAAAGAGAACAUCUUCACACGUCAAACCAUCUUCACACGUCAAACCAUCUUCACACGUCAAACCAUCUUCAUAUGCCAUUUCACUGUUGAUCUGUUGAUUUGAACAGGAACUGUACUCAUUGUAGUGAAUGCCAUGCUUUGGAAUUUUGUACACAUUUCCUCAGAGGUUCAAUCUGUUGACAGUUUUUGGUUGCUGCUGGCAGUAACCUUGAACACAUGGACUGUUUAACAAAGGAACACACACAAUAUACCUGUUUUCUACGUUGUCAAAUGGAAAUAUAUCCUUCCAUCUUUUCUAACAGAUGGAAGUGUCUUUUCACUCAGACUCUGCCCGGGUCUCAAAGCUAUAAUAUCACAAGAAGAACAUACCUCACAGAUUUUUUCUUUCCUUUGCGGUAUCUGUACAGCAUCCAUCCAACCUAUCUUUCAGAAAUUCCUAUAAAGCCAUUGAGCCUUGGGUUUCAGUUUUUAUCAGCUAGGUGGUCUGUUAUGUAGCCUUGUCCUUCUAUUGUCUGUAUAUGCAACAUCACUACUACCUGUGUAGCAACAGAGUUUCUGUUUCCCUGCCUCAAUGAACUUCUGUUGUUAAUAGACAGUGGUAAAUGAAUCUACUGGAUAAAUCCUGCACCAACAGUCCCUGUCAUCAAAGCUCAGCAGCUGUUUAAGUUACCAAGGGAAAGAGUCACUGCUGGCUGGGGCAGAGGCUGAGAAGCGUUAUUAAAAUGUAAAAAAAUACCUGUAGACUGUCACUUCACUGCAGAUAUUGAUUGAAAGAGCUCAGUCCAAAUCUGUUUGUUCAUAUCACUGAAUGUGGCUUGAUGACAGACGAGCAUUAUCCACUUUGGAUUUAAUUUUUGCUGCGCUGCCUUGCUGAGAAGAAAAAGAAAAAAAAAGCGAUAAUUUCUCUUGUCACCACACUAAUUCAGAUAUGCACAUUGUACAGAAACGGAUGUUUUUUAAAUUGAUGCCUAAUUUUUACAUUAAUGUAAUUUUUAAAAUCCUCUUUCAAAGCUUUAGUUAAGGUGAAUAGGAGGAACUGUGGAACUAAAUAAUUGCUGCAACAAGCUGUUUUGAUAUUUAUAUUCUCAGGUGUCUUAAAUUUUGAGCAUUGGACUUUCAAUAUUUCCUGUGCAACACCGAAGUACAAGCAUGUUUUAUUUCUUUUGUUAUGCCGAUUAAUUUAUUACAAACAAAACGUAUCAUUUGUGUGGUUUAAUUAUUCUUUUCAUAACUCACUUUGUGAUAUGGAACAGUACUAAUAUUAAAUAGUUCCAUUGUUUGCUUGACAUGAAAAUACCAGUGCUUUUUUUUUUUUUUUAAAUAAAAAUCCUUAAGUUGA